AUGUCAACUGUACCACUUCUUACUGUCCCAGCUGAGGUAUGCAUUCGAAUUUUCGAUUAUCUCGAUAUACAUACUAUCCUUCGUUCAAUCCGCCGUAUUUGCACGCAACUCUAUGAAAUUGUCAACAAUUACAAUUGAAUUAAACUCAAUCUUGACACAGUUGAAGACGAGAAUUCCAAAUAUAUUUCGUGUGUCAUUAGACUUCAAAACAUGAUUUCAUUGAUUCUACGCAGCGGCUAUAGUGAUCCAGGUGGAAUUGAUUUAUUUCUCUUGUAUUUUUAUUUUCGUCAAUGCAUUAGACCUCGUUCGUUGAUUCUCAAUCAAAUCAACAAUGUCGAACUUGAACCAUUACUUCAGAAUGCUAGACUUUGCCUUUUAACUUCACUUUCGUUCGACAUACGUGAUAAUGAGGGUGUGGAUGUGGGUGUGGGUGUGGGUGUGGGUG